GAUUUUGCAUCUCUGCGCGCAGAGAGAUGCUGGUUUCGGAGGUUGUGCCUGAAUGAAGAUUUGCCUUACUAAAUGUGUGAAUUUUUAAUUGUUUUGAGAACAAAUACUUUUGCUGUUGUACUUUGAAUAAGGUUCAAGACAAAAAACAUCUUUACGCCUCUAUCUGUGGAAUCUACCUUUUGACCAUCUCUGACCCCUUCUGACAUCGUACCCCUGACCCUAAACCACCCUCACCAUCCACCGCCACCAUGCCUAAAAACAGCAAGGUAACCCUGGGACUCCCUCACAGUGAUCCCGUCACUGAGUCAGUGGCGGACCUCCUGACCCUGGCCGAGCCCCUGGACUAUAAGAGCAGCCGGAUGAGUAUGGGUCUCAGCCCUGGGGCCCAGCCGGCCAUGGGCAAGGGCCUGCUGCCUUCUCCAGGGGACGAGGAGGGGAGGCCGGCCUGGAACAGCAAGCUCCAGUACAUCCUGGCCCAGGUCGGAUUCUCUGUGGGGCUGGGCAAUGUCUGGAGGUUCCCCUACCUGUGUCAGAAGAACGGAGGAGGUGCGUACCUGGUCCCGUACUUCAUCCUCCUCAUCCUCAUCGGGAUCCCUCUGUUCUUCCUGGAACUGGCGGUGGGACAGAGGAUUAGGAGAGGCAGCAUCGGGGUGUGGAACUACGUUUACCCUCAGCUAGGAGGCAUCGGGGUCUCCAGUCUAAUGGUGUGUGGUUUCGUGGGCCUGUACUACAAUGUGAUCAUCGGCUGGAGUAUCUUCUACUUCUUCCAGUCCUUCCAGUACCCGCUGCCCUGGGCAGAGUGCCCAAUCAGAGUGGUCAACGGGAGCCAAGCCAUCAUCGAGCCGGAGUGUGAAAAGUCUUCUGCCACCACCUACUUCUGGUACCGGCAAACCCUGAACAUCACCAGCACCAUCGAGGACAGCGGAGGCCUCAACUGGAGAAUGACCCUGUCCCUGUUCGCCGCCUGGCUCAUAGUCUGUCUGGCAGUGAUCAAGGGUAUCCAGUCAUCUGGGAAGGUGAUGUACUUCAGUUCUCUCUUCCCCUACGUGGUGUUGAUCUGUUUCCUCGUCAGAGGCCUGAUGCUCAAAGGAUCUGUUGACGGCAUCGCUCACAUGUUCACCCCAAAGUUGGAGAAGAUGCUGGAGCCCCAGGUAUGGAGGGAGGCAGCCACCCAGGUGUUCUUCGCUCUGGGCCUGGGGUUCGGCGGGGUCAUAGCCUUCUCCAGCUACAACAAGCGGGACAACAACUGUCACUUUGACGCAGCGCUGGUCUCUAUCAUCAACUUCAUCACCUCCAUCCUGGCUACGCUGGUGGUGUUCGCCGUGCUGGGGUUCAAGGCCAACAUCAUGAACGAGAAAUGUGUUGUGGAGAAUGGUGAGAAGAUCCUAGGUUACCUGAACACAGGUGUGUUGAGCCAUGAUCUGAUCCCUCCCCAUGUCAACUUCUCUCACCUGUCAGCUGUGGACUAUCAGGAGAUGUAUGGAGUGAUCAAGACUGUCAGGGAGGACAGCUUCAGUCAGCUUGGACUGGACCCCUGUAUACUGGAGGACGAACUCAACAAGGCAGUGCAGGGAACAGGCCUGGCCUUCAUCGCCUUCACUGAGGCCAUGACCCACUUCCCUGCCUCUCCCUUCUGGUCUGUCAUGUUCUUCUUCAUGCUGAUUAACCUGGGGCUGGGAUCCAUGAUCGGCACCAUGACAGGGAUCACCACACCUGUACUGGACGCCUUCCCCAAGAUCCGCAAGGAGUUCCUCUGUGUUGGUUGUUGCAUUGUGGCGUUCUUCUGUGGCCUGCUGUUCGUCCAGCGCUCCGGGAACUACUUUGUGACCAUGUUUGAUGACUACUCAGCUGGCCUGCCUCUCACUGUGGUGGUUAUGCUGGAGAAUAUAUCUGUGGCCUGGAUCUACGGCACCAAGAGGUUCAUGCAGGACCUAGAGGACAUGUUGGGUUUCAGACCUUACUCUUUCUAUUUCUAUAUGUGGAAGUACGUAUCUCCUGCCUGUCUCACCGUGCUCAUCGUUGCCACUGUGAUAGAGAUGUCCGUCAGUCCUGCUGGGUACAAUGCCUGGGUGGAGGAACUGGCGUCGGAGAAGUUCCUCUCCUACCCUCCGUGGGCUCUGGGCGUAGCCUACUCCCUCAUCAUCGCCGCCAUGCUUCCUCUCCCCUGUGUCUUCAUCGCCCGCCACUUCAACCUUCUCUCUGACGGCUCCAACAAGCUGUCUGUCUCCUACCGUAAAGGCAUGACCAAGGACCUCUCUGGUCUAGAAGAGGAGAACGAGUCCCGCUUCAUCCUCGGUAAAGGCACCCCCAGCCCCAGCCCCUCGCCCAUGCCUUCUCACCGCCCCUACCUGGGGCCCGGCGGAGCCCAGGAGAUGACCAACGCGGCUGGAUAUGGUACCGGGACACCGACCAAGACGGGUUAUCAGAAUAUUCAUUCGCCAGAGUCCGAACUAUGAUCGAUCUGACUGACUGAAGCACAAGAAACCCUAUCUAUCAAACCCAACACAACCCCUCCAGAGACAGAGAGAGAGAGAGAAAGAAAGAGCAUAUCUGUAAAGCACAGCCCCCCCUCUCUCUACUGUUCACCUAGCUGUAAAGCACAGCCCCCCCUCUCUCUACUGUUCACCUAGCUGUAAAGCACAGCCCCCCCCCUCUCUCUACUGUUCACCUAGCUGUAAAGCACAGCCCCCCCCCUUUCUCUACUGUUCACCUAGCUGUAAAGCACAGCCCCCCCCCCUCUCUCUACUGUUCACCUAGCUGUAAAGCACAGCCCCCCCGUCUACUGUUCACCUAGCUGUAAAGCACAGCCCCCCCCCCUCUCUCUACUGUUCACCUAGCUGUAAAGCACAGCCCCCCCCCCUCUCUCUACUGUUCACCUAGCUGUAAAGCACAGCCCCCCCUCUCUCUCUACUGUUCACCUAGCUGUAAAGCACAGCCCCCCCCCCCCUCUCUCUACUGUUCACCUAGCUGUAAAGCACAGCCCCCCCCCCUCUCUCUACUGUUCACCUAGCUGUAAAGCACAGCCCCCCCCCUCUCUCUACAGUUCACCUAGCUGUAAAGCACAGCCCCCCCCUCUCUCUACUGUUCACCUAGCUGUAAAGCACAGCCCCCCCCCCCUCUCUCUCUACUGUUCACCUAGCUGUAAAGCACAGCCCCCCCUCUCUCUCUACUGUUCACCUAGCUGUAAAGCACAGCCCCCCCCCUCUCUCUACUGUUCACCUAGCUGUAAAGCACAGCCCCCCCCCUCUCUCUACUGUUCACCUAGCUGUAAAGCACAGCCCCCCCCCUCUCUCUACUGUUCACCUAGCUGUAAAGCACAGCCCCCCCCCUCUCUCUACUGUUCACCUAGCUGUAAAGCACAGCCCCCCCCCCUCUCUCUCUACUGUUCACCUAGCUGUAAAGCACAGCCCCCCCCCCUCUCUCUACUGUUCACCUAGCUAUAAAGCACAGCCCCCCCCCCCUCUCUCUACUGUUCACCUAGCUAUAAAGCACAGCCCCCCCCCCCUCUCUCUACUGUUCACCUAGCUAUAAAGCACAGCCCCCCCCCCCCCUCUCUCUACUGUUCACCUAGCUGUAAAGCACAGCCCCCCCCCCUCUCUCUACUGUUCAACUAGCUGUAAAGCACAGCCCCCCCCCCCUCUCUCUACUGUUCACCUAGCUGUAAAGCACAGCCCCCCCCUCUCUCUACUGUUUACCUAGCUGUAAAGCACAGCCCCCCCCCCUCUCUCUACUGUUCACCUAGCUGUAAAGCGAAGCCCCCCCCCCGUCUACUGUUCACCUAGCUGUAAAGCACAGCCCCCCCCCCUCUCUCUACUGUUCAACUAGCUGUAAAGCACAGCCCCCCCCCCCCUCUCUCUACUGUUCACCUAGCUGUAAAGCACAGCCCCCCCCCUCUCUCUACUGUUCACCUAGCUGUAAAGCACAGCCCCCCCCCUCUCUCUACUGUUCACCUAGCUGUAAAGCACAGCCCCCCCCCUCUCUCUACUGUUCACCUAGCUGUAAAGCGAAGCCCCCCCCCGUCUACUGUUCACCUAGCUGUAAAGCGAAGCCCCCCCCCGUCUACUGUUCACCUAGCUGUAAAGCGAAGCCCCCCCCGUCUACUGUUCACCUAGCUGUAAAGCGAAGCCCCCCCCCCGUCUACUGUUCACCUAGCUGUAAAGCGAAGCCCCCCCCCCGUCUACUGUUCACCUAGCUGUAAAGCGAAGCCCCCCCCGUCUACUGUUCACCUAGCUGUAAAGCGAAGCCCCCCCCCGUCUACUGUUCACCUAGCUGUAAAGCGAAGCCCCCCCCCGUCUACUGUUCACCUAGCUGUAAAGCGAAGCCCCCCCCCCGUCUACUGUUCACCUAGCUGUAAAGCGAAGCCCCCCCCCGUCUACUGUUCACCUAGCUCCCCAUAACAUAGAACAUCUCUGAGCCUAAACACACUUUCAUUCUAUUCUAAAACAACCUUCCCCACAUCGCCCCUAAUCCAAACAAAACCAUGGCCCUAAGCAGAGCCACUACCAAUGUUGAUGUCAGUCCUCGUCCUACAUCACUCAGAGGCACAAACGAAGAAGGAGGGCCUCCAUUUGAAUUCAGCCUUAGAAGGCAGGCAGUGGGUGAUUCAUCUGAACGCAGAUAAGCCAAGCAGCUAGCGUUUGAUCAUCAGGCAGUGUGUGUGUGUGUGUGUGUGUGUGUGUGUGUGUGUGUGUGUGUGUGUGUGUGUGUGUGUGUGUGUGUGUGUGUGUGUGUGUGUGUGUGUGUGUGUGUGUGUGUGUGUGUGUGUGUGUGUGUGUGUGUGUGUGUGUGUGUGUGGUAGUGCUCCCCAGCCAGUCCAGGUGACCCCUAGUGUUAUAAAUAGAUGUGAUACCCAUGUUGGCAACCGGCCCCGGCAACACAGUGCCAUGGUGAUGAAUCCUCUUGUGAUGUCAUGGAGGAAGGCACACACACACACAAGAGGGAAUACACACACACACACAUAUAAGAGGGCAUGUUGUUGCGCUUUGUCAACCAGCUGUUACCAAGCUGGGUUGUGUUCAUUAGGGAAAACAUUUUUAAAAGCAGAGUGAAACCAGCUGUUAUCAAGCCGGGGUUGUGUUCAUUUGGGAGGAAAAGCAGAGUGAAAACAACUGUUAAAAAAAACAAUUGAAACAGGGAGGUACAGCCUGAAUGUGUACUAAGGUACUACCUGAAAAUGUGAGCACAGAUUGUAGUUUACCGUUGCAACAUGUUUUGCUACGGUGUGACCUAUUGAACACUACCCAGGUGUGCCGCAAGCCAUUAUAUAUGUUGAUAUCUGUUGACCAUCGUUCAGAAAUGGAUCAAUGGGAAAUGUAGGGUUAAUUGUUAUUGUACAUUCCUCUAAUCAUGUUCUUCGAUAAGCACUCUGAUCAAUCAAUGGCACUAAUAAUAGAUUUAUUUAUGUGAAUUGUCAAGUAAAAAAAAAAAGCCUAUUAUUUAAAUGGUUGAGAUACUUGUAUGAUAGUGUGUAAUAAUAAUUAUGUGGAUAAUGUGUAGUCUAUAAUACUGUAGUGUACAAAACUUUUUUGUUGUUGCAAUAGAAGACUUGAGCCACAGGGUGGCGCUGUUGGCCACCAGAGGAGUACCUGACAUAAUCUGUGUGUUUCCUGCCUCUCCAUGAAGACAGUGAUGACACACACAGAGCACACUGUGGCUCUCUCCUUCAUCGCACUGAUCUGCAAGAACUGACCAGGUUAAGCAUUUUCCAAACAGUGCAGAUGAAGGGGGGAAAAUUAUGAGAGGGAGGAUUUUUAAGAGAUUGAGAAUGAGAUACAUCCAAGCUGUUGCUGGCAGCCAGCCCAGAGAUGCUUCGAUUCUAAUGUUGAUACAGGCUAUGGUCAACCUGUUGAUGGUUUAUACUGUUGAUACAAGCUAUGGUCAGCCUGUUGAUGGAUUCUAAUGUUGAUACAGGCUAUGGUCAACCUGUUGAUGGUUUAUACUGUUGAUACAGGCUAUGGUCAACCUGUUGAUGGAUUCUAAUGUUGAUACAAGCUAUGGUCAACCUGUUGAUGGAUUCUAAUGUUGAUACAAGCUAUGGUCAACCUGUUGAUGGUUAUACUGUUGAUACAAGCUAUGGUCAACCUGUUGAUGGUUUAUACUGUUGAUACAGGCUAUGGUCAACCUGUUGAUGGAUUCUAAUGUUGAUACAAGCUAUGGUCAACCUGUUGAUGGUUUAUACUGUUGAUACACGCUAUGGUCAACCUGUUGAUGGUUUAUACUGUUGAUACAAGCUAUGGUCAACCUGUUGAUGGUUUAUACUGUUGAUAUAAGCUAUGGUCAACCUGUUGAUGGUGCCUGAAUAGCAUAUCUGUGUCUGUCUGCUAAGCCUUUUUAAAGUCGUCUUUAUGGAGACAUUCUAUAGUGUUGUUAUGUAGUCUGUAGUCCCAGCCACGUCAGCACUUUACAGCAGGUAGAGACCCUGGAGUUGAACAUUAAGGACUUUAUAGCAGGUAGAGACCCUGGAGUUGAACAUCAAGGACUUUAUAGCAGGUAGAGACCCUGGAGUUGAACAUCAAGGACUUUAUAGCAGGUAGAGACCCUGGAGUUGAACAUCAAUGACUUUAUAGCAGGUAGAGACCCUGGAGUUGAACAUCAAUGACUUUAUAGCAGGUAGAGACCCUGGAGUUGAACAUCAAGGACUUUAUAGCAGGUAGAGACCCUGGAGUUGAACAUCAAGGACUUUAUAGCAGGUAGAGAUCCUGGAGUUGAACAUCAAGGACUUUAUAGCAGGUAGAAACCCUGGAGUUGAACAUCAAGGACUUUAUAGCAGGUAGAGACCCUGGAGUUGAACAUCAAGGACUUUAUAGCAGGUAGAAACCCUGGAGUUGAACAUCAAGGACUUUAUAGCAGGUAGAAACCCUGGAGUUGAACAUCAAACACUGAUUGAACAGUAAACCACCGACAGAUCAUGUCUUGUCUGUCUGCAGCAGUAGUUACAACUGGACUGUCAUUAAAUGUUAGUUUUUUUGUUGAUACUAUUAGAAGUGAUAGACCUGUAAUGAUGGCCACACAAUACAGAAUACCCAGCACACAAAUAGCACAGGAUCUAAAGUGCAGGCACAAACAUAGAAGCCCUCUCGAUUGUGCAUCACAGCCACAUGUUGCUCGGGACUGCUUGUGGAUCACAGCCACAGGCUGCUAGGGACUGCUUGCAGAUCAUAGCCAUGGGUAAAUUAUGGAUUACCAAUUAGAGAGCUAGAAUCACUUGAACUAUUAUUGAUGGAGGGAGAGGGAGAGGGAGAGGGGGGGGGGAGAGAGAGAGAGAGAGAGAGAGAGAGAGAGAGAGAGAAAAUAUUAACCAUCAUACAGUACUCAAAUCCAAUCACAUUUGAUUAGUCACAUGCACCUAAUACAACAGGUGUAGACCUUACAGGGAAAUGCUUACUUAUGAGCCCCUAAUCAACAAUGCAGUUAAAUAAAAACAGAAUAAGAA